AUGGAUGAAUUAUUGCUCUGCAAUGACCUAAAGGGUCUACGCCAAGCCAAUCAAGAACUUCAUGAUGAAAUCGAUCGAUUGGCUCAAUCAAACAGAGACUAUGAACGCCGAACAUACAAUCUUGAACGGGAUAUAGUUUUACGUGAGGAAAGAAUUCGAUAUCUCGAGAAGGAGUUAGCAAAUACAAUCGAACUUUCAAUACAAGAAAGGGAGGAAUUGGAAAAAGAGAUAUCAGACCUAAAAAAAAUCGUCUAUUAUCUUAAAAAGGAGAUCGAACAAAAAGAUAAGGAACUUACUACCAGGGAAAAUCAAUUAGCUGAAUUUGAUAUAAGAGAAAAGAAACUCAAAACCCGAAUUCGAGAAAUAUCAAAAUCUGCAGACAGAUAUUUACCUUUUUCACUUCUUAAUAUUGAGUUAUAUGAAGAAGAUAUAUCUGAAUUAGAAGAAAAAAUUUUAAUAAUGGCUUGGGAUAUUGAAACAAUUACCGAUCGGCCUGGUGAAUUACCGUUACCUCAGUACGAUGGAGAUGAAUGUUGCCAGUUUUUGAAAAAGCCUUCAAAGUUGAAAGAUUCAAGUGGCUACCCAAAAGGAACUCCAAAGAAUGAAGAGAUGCGUAAAGAUCUUAAGAAAGGAAAGACGUUAGACGAGUGUCAUGCCAUUGCAAGAAAGUGGAUCCAUUCUAUAUUGAACAUAUGCCACAUCUGA